GCAAACACACCGCGAGAAAAGCCAGACUUCAACGCAGCAGGAGGACAGCUGGUGUUGUGACUCAUUUACUUCUCCCCACUGGUCCCCCUGCCAGUCUCCGUGGUGACCAUCGACAGCGGCAGCACUCGUCCCGUUGAGUUGUCCUCGAGCCCGAUUCACAUGACGUCAGACCAGAAUCCACUGUAUCCAGCUGAUCUACAGGUGCCGCUAACGCACGGAGCGCUGGGUCCAGGAUACUACUACUUCUACCAGGCCGGAGAAGAUGGGGUGCUGCUUUAGUAAAGAGCUCAACCCCGGCCAGCAGAGCGAGAGGAGCAGUCUGUUACAGCCCCCGCUCCACAAUGGGCUGAAUGACGUGACAGACCAGGUCAGGCAACACGCUGCGGCUGUAGCUCAGCAUGUGUGCUUGGACGAAGAGGAAAAACGUGUGGCAGACAGACCGGCCCAGAGAAAGCCUGCGGAAGAUGAGGAAAGACCACCAGAACUGGGCAACAAAGUUUGGACAGAGGCGGCCGUGGCAUGCGGGGACAGCACCACGCGGAGUGAGAGGGAUCUUAAAGCAGCCAGCACUCACGACGAGAAGGGGGCUAUAAUUAUCACAACCAGCAAAAACAUACAUACAACCGCGGAGACUGAGGUAGGCAUGACACAUACUGGCAUGCCCAGCUGUGGCCCGGCCCCGUAUAUGGAGGUGCCCACACGGAGUCCAGCCAAACAGAAGAUUGUGGAGAAUGCCACACUCAGGGCUUUAUGGUUCAAUCAGCUCCCAGACAGGCACCCGUCGAAAAAAUGUUGGUCAUCUCCCGCCAGGUUACCCUCUGCUAACUGCCAGGGCAACGUCACAGGGAGCGAGGCGUCCGAUAACCAGCUGCCGCUGGUCAGCGAGUGUCGGGAGACACGGUGGGAUUACCCCAAAGCUGAGCACAACGAGGAGGAAGGUGAGGACGUCUGCGUCGUCGCGACGACGCUGGGUCAAGGUUUCGAAACGAGGACCCGGAGCUUCUACAGCAUAUGUUCCAUCGACGCCGACGACCUUGAACAUGACCACGUCCACAGCCAAUCCCAAACAGCUGGAGCAACACACUCGCUGCGCACAGCUGAAGCAGAAACAGCUGCUCUGCCCUGCGUAGCGGAGUCUCUGGCCUCCGGCCAAUCGCACACACAGGCAUCCACAGCCUGCGGCCAGGAAUAUGUCCCAGAAUCUAAAACGACCAGCCAGUCGCGUGAUGAGGAACCAGCUUCGAGUCAUCAGUCUUCCACCAUCCUGUCACAGACACACCCAGAGAAUUCACUCCCAGCAGAGGAGACCUCCUUACCUCAUCCCGUUGUAAAGCAGGUUGACCCUUUGUCUGACUCGCUGCCCCUGCCCAGCAGUCAAAUAAACCGCGAGGAACCUCGGGCCUCCACGCCAGACGGGACUCCGUUUAAAGAUCUGGACUGCCAGACCGCUGCUAAGGAAACGCAUGAAUCCAUGUAUUACAUGUUGAUGACGUCGCACGCAAAUGAAAGUGCACGUGUUGAGGAGGAGAGUAAACGUGAGGCAUCCAGCUCCAGUUCUUCAAAGCUCAAACCGCUGCACGGGGAUGAGGUUGUCUUUCCUCUGUCUGGAGGACAGUUUGAGAUGGAUAAAUCCUCGCUACAGAGGGAGGCUAUCCCCUUGAGGAUCUGCAGAGGCCACAGUGAGGAGGGGGACGUCGGUUACAGCGGCACAGCAGGUACGACUCUCACUGAGGUGUCCUCGGUUCCCACCAUCUCAGCUGUGUCAUCGCUGCCCAUUGAACUGACGGCCUUCUCCUGCCGCACACAUCUGACUCCUCUCUCAGACUUUAAAACCACAUCUCACCAGUGUGACUUCAUAAUAUCCGACAAAUUAGAUGUAAAUUCAAACGAUCCAACAUUUGAAUUGAGCAGCAUUAAGCCUCCUGGUCAAGAUGUUGUAGAUCCACCCGAGUUGGACCAUAGCGACGACCGUGACGAGCCUCUUCAGGAUGUCCUCAUGAGUGGUGAUGACAGACAGGCAGCCAAAGAACCAAAACCGGAAGUCUGUCAGAACGGCAAACCCGUUGAGAGGGGGGAUGUUACAGAUGUUUUACCUGAAACAGCUCCGAACACCUCUCGCCCAGAUACAAGCACGGCUGUAAAUGCAAGCCUCGCUCUUCACGGCCCGGAAGAUUUAAGUCUCGGGCCUCUCACGCGGCCUCCUCCUGCUGAAAGUGAGCUUUCUGUUACUGCUUCCUUCACUCCACCUCCCUCUUCCUCAUCUCCGUGCACACCUCCUGUGGAAGGUAAGCAUAGUUUCUGUCCAGAGACUGAAGCUAAUCCUACCGAGAGGGAAUGCAGACAAAUCCAACAGGAGGAAAAUCCACCAGAGAAAGUAUUUAUUCAUGCGUGUGAGGAAGGAGUGGACGCAGCAGCUGCACAGGGGACUCGGAUUGAUGCCCCAGUCAAGCAUGAAUCUGCAGAUACAGUAGAACAGCCUCAAACAGCCUCCGAACCCCCGGUAAUAUUAAGCUCCAGCGUUUCCUCUGACGUCGACAUCGGCCUGCCAAAUGACACUGCUGAAUGUUUCCCUCAAGCUGGAGAUUCAUCAAAUGAAAUUCAUUUCGAGGAAAUCACUGGAAUACAGGUUCACAUCUCACAGGGGGAGAUGUCUGCACUUGACAGUGAUAUUCCUCCAGAAACUCCAAAUAUUUCCGAGGUCGGCACCGGCAUCUGCGAUGACUCCUAUGUGAUUCCUGAUGACUUCAGCUGUCCGGGUGGCGAUGCAUCCUCGGUUUUGGACUGCCAGGAGGACAUGAUCCCUGUGGACCCAGGGCAGGUUGAUGUUUAUGCCUCAACUCCGUCAUACGAGAUUCACUUCCUGGGACGCGAGCCUCCCGCUACUGCCGAGGAGGGGGAGAGAGAAGGAGGGAUGAGGGAGAUGGUGUCCGAGCUGCUGGGAGAGGACGCGGACUCCUCCGUCUGCCAGCUCUAUCCCCACCCCUGGAUCAAACUGGGUCUGGAGGAUAGCUGCGGGGCGUGGGCCCAGGGCGCGUCUGAUGCCGAGCCCAGCCAGGGCGAGAGCAGGACGGGCGCCGACGUAGAGCAGAUCCCAGCCCUGGUCUCGGAGCUCCAGCCGUCUAUGGCUCUGCUGGGAGCUUACCCCUACAGCACAGUGAUGCCUCAGGGACGCUGCGUGUGGGACUGGCACACAGAUUGCACUCAGUCUGGAAAGAAAGACUUGGCUGGGCAAUCUGAACAGGAACCUGUUGCUGCCCCAAGCCUUAACCCUAACGCUGAGGUAUGGACCAAUCACAACUUCAACUUGGACGUCCCUGGCCCCGCCUUCCUGCAGGCUCAUGAGCCAUGGCUGCAAUUCCCCAGCGAUCUGACCAAUCAGGAAGGAUACGAGCCAGAGUUCCAGCUGGAGAACGUGGGCCUGGCUGAGGCUGUGGUUGAAGCAGAUCCCAGCACACCAGAGUACCAGACGCUGUCUGCCGAAGCUUCAGUAGUUCAUGGAGAGCCCAUUGACCCACCUGUUACAGAUGAGACUAGAGAAGAGCUGAGGACCGUUUUGGAGUCCUGCCUGACCAGGGAGCACCUUGGCAACGACCUGUACCUGAAUUCUCAGAUGGACAGCGACCAGUAUGUUCCCAUCGCAACUCUGGCCAGCCUCGACAAGAUCAAGAGGAUCAGCACGGACCUGGACCUCAUCGCCGACAUUUUGAAAUCCCUGCCGCUGGUCCAGGUGGCUCUUUGUGGACAGAAGGUCCGGCCCAGUCAGAGUCGAUGUGUCGUCAUCCUGCGUGAGAUCCCCGACACCACACCCAAGGAGGAGGUGGAGGCUCUCUUUGACGGGGAGAACAUUCCCAAGUUCCUGAGCUGUGAGUUUGUGAGCAACGAUAACUGGUUCGUCACUUUCAAAUCGGAAACCGACGCACAACAGGCCUACAAGUACCUCAGAGAAGAGGUUCGGGAGUUCAAGGGAAAGCCCAUCAUGGUGAGGAUAAAGGCCAAAACCAUGGCAGUCACUUCCUUCGCUCCAAAAAAUGGCUACCGACCCGCUCAGCUGGACCCGUGCGGCAAUCCUUACCGCCCCUACUUCCCCCCCAGCAGCUACCAGCAGCCCUGCCCCACCCAACAGCUGUAUGAUUUCACCAAUGACGUGUGGGCUUCGGCUGCGGCAGGAUACCAAGAAUGUGCUGACCAUCAAACGUUGAUGAAUGACUUCAUUAAUGGAUUCUCCAGCUUCAAACCUCAUAACCCACACAGGAUGAGGAGAGGCUCGCGGUGGUCAAAUUCUGACCGUUGGCAGUCCAAUCUAAAUGAUUCCUCGCAGUCCUCCGAGCAAGCGCCAGUGGAGGGCUCCUCUUCUCCGCCGAGGCCGGGUCGAGGACGGUCGCGGGGCGCCAUGCGCCGUCCGAGCAGAGGUGUAAGGAGCGAGCCCACUUCUGACCGGGGAAGGAGAGGAAACUUGAGCCAGAGGAGGAGAGAGAACCCGAGGUCCUGGGACAAAUCUGCCGCAAGCAGUCGCAAUGCACAAAGUCAGUCGCCUCCUCGUCAACCGUCUCCUCCUCCUCCUGAGCUCGGCCUGACGAGCUUCCCUCCUCUUCCUCCGGCAAAGACUGCCAUGGCAACGGUACAGGCAGCUAACGGCAACGUGAAGAUUCCAGUGAAAAUCAGCAGCCCGUGUGCACCGGUGCCAACUAAGUCUCAAGAGCCUCAGCCAAUCUUAGAGCAGAAUGUGACGGCGCGUGCCGAGACGACCAGCGAGGCCAACCCAGCUCAGUUUACACAGGAGCCAGUCGCAGAGUCCAAGAGGCUAAGCUACGCCCAGAUCUGCCAGAGAGUGUCGUCCAAUGAGCCGGCGCCGCCCGCUGACCUCGCCCCUUCAGAAGCAGCGCACAUCCCAACUUUUCCGGGCCAGGCAUCCAAACCAGAUGUGUUGCCACAGUAAUCAUAUUGGGUGUGAUAUAUAAGCUGAUAAUCAUUGUACUGUCUUAUUACGCAAACCUGCCGCACGGAGCGAUGUGGCAUCACUCGGCGCAGGAAGAUGCGGCAUUAACCGCCAAACGGCCUUUAAAUCAACUCCAUUUAGGUCUGUAUCUGGAAACCUUAGCCUUUAUAUACACCGCUGACAGGGUGGGGUGUGGGGGUGGGGGGUCAGACUGCUGGCUGGUUCAGGACAGGACGAGCUCGUGUGGGUCUGAGGUCGCCAGCCACUCAGGAUGUUUAUGCCAACUUUUAGUUUUUAGAGCGCAAGCUGGAAAGAAUCUGUAAAUGUUGAUCUGCAACUUUACGUUUUUUGUAGUUUUAUUUCUUGAUUUGUAGUUCAGAUGAGUUUAUUGAGAGCCAGGUUUUGAUUUAGUCUGGUUUUUCUGAUGGCUCUUCUUUUCCUGCCUUUUGUGUGUGUGUGUGUUUGAUGUUUUCUCGCUGUACAGGAUGUUCCGCCAUGACUUUUUUUUUUUUUCUUCUUCUUUCCAUACAUCUGUGUUAUUCUUUAGUCUACAGGGCCGCUGUGGGCACACAUGAUGCUGUUUCAUAAAAUAUUAGUACUAGUCACCAAGUUUGUUUCCAUUCGCAGACGGUGGUGAGAUGUCCCGGCUUGUAAUGAACCAAGUUCCAGUGUGUGUGUGUUAGUGAGUUCUGGCAGGAUCAGACCUGUAUCGAUUUGAACUUUAAAAAAAAAGCACUGAAUAUCACUACUUUAUCUCUGCACGACUUUUUAAAUUUCAUUUUAGAAUUAAAUUUAUGUCCUAUUUUUAUUUACGUUGGAUAGGAGUGCUUUUGUGUGUUAAAGCUUUAGUCUCACCUGUGUGGAGUUACGUGUACCCCCCCCCCCGUGUCACAGCAUACAGUGUUUCGGACACAGGCAGGCUCGGUUCAGGUCGUCCCGCGGAGCCUCUGGCUGGGCGCAGUAGUUACUCCGUGUCCGUAAACGAGCAUCGCUUCAGCACGAGCCUCUCGAACUGCACUGAUUCCAAUGGUCUUUUGUUUAAAAUAUCCAGUUUUAAAUGUGAAACAGUUGUCCUGGAGAAAGAGCAGGCGUAGUUGUGGCACAUGUUACUUUGUCUGUACAGAUGUACAUAUUAUUGAACAAAUAUUAAAGUGCCUUUCAAGUUAAAAUGA